AUGCUCACUGUGCUUGGGGCGCCUCCAUCCCACACGAUUGCGUCCGAAGUUGCUACAAACCUUGCUGGUGCAUAUCUGCGAAAGCAGUCUGGUGUCAUGGGUCAACCGGCUCUCUCAGCGGAGGAUGAAAAUGCAGUUGUUGAGCAGCUAGAGCGUUGGUUGAAUCAUGGAUUUUUCCCUUAUCACAUGUUGGCAAAGGACACAGCCAAUGCGUAUUUCCACAACCACCCGAGCUACAGUCAGAACAGACCAAACCUCAACAUUGGUUGGCAAAAGGGCUUCUGGAUGCGCCAUCACCAACUUGCUGAUCAUAUAGCCAAAGAGCGCAAUACGCUAAAAUUGAAAGGUCCGCAUGAAGAUCGCCGAGCUUGGAAGUUCUUUCAGGCAUUCAAAGAUAUCAAGCAGCGACUCGCGGUCACCAACGACAACAUCUAUGCCAUGGAGGAUGCCGCGUUUGUCACUACCAUGUAUCGAAAGGCAAGCCUUAUGUUUGUUCGACCAAUGAAUCAAAAUCAUAAAAGAGAAGAGCGGGUAUUCUCGUCUGUGAUCCACUGCUGCUCAACGCGAGGGAAGCAUCUGCCCCCAUACAUUAUCUGCAGGAGUCAAGAUCCACCACAAACCAAAAACUUUGGUCGGAUCAAGGUUGCUUUUAACCAGUCAGGCUGGUCUGAGGCCAAUCAUGCACUUGACUGGUUGAAGACCAUUUUCGAGCCGGAGACUCGACCCAAGGGUCGUCGUCAAAUUUGGAGGAUUCUAUUGAUUUCCCAUCGAUUCCGCAUAGUGUUUCCCGAGUUCGAAAAAUUCUGCUGGGACAACAGGAUCGCUUGUAUUUCUUUCCCCAAGAACGAUCAACAGUUCUUCAACCCGAUGGAAAACAUCGCUUUUGGGCCCAUGCAACAGAGUUAUACCGACUACAUGAGAAAGCGAUUCUCUGAUAACAAUGAAAAUGCCACCACACUGGAUGUGAGGGAAUUUGCAUCGUGGAUCGAUGGAGAGGUAGCCUCAUCUAAAAGAGCGGAAGAAGCUGCAGAUAUGUGGCGUCAAAGCUGUCUUGUGCCGCUAGAUGAAUUCCGUCUUCGCAACUGUCUCCAAGGGAACCGAGCUACUGCCGUCCCAGAGGAUAGAACCUCCAUUCUUGAUAGCCGUCUCUACUCGGAUGCCACGACUCCGAGAACGGCGGACACACGAGCCACACCUCGAACAAGUGUUCCUUUACCCAUCAUCCCCUCCACAGAGUCAGUGAGCCGACAAUCUACUCGUGAGUACUCACAUCCCUCGUCUCAGCAAUCAAGUCAAGAGAGAGACAAUAGCUCCGAAUCGGAGGGAGAUCAAUUCGACAGUGAAAGUGAAGCUCUCCAUAAUCAUCAGUCCAUUACACCGUGCAGAACACCUAGACCACCCAAGACUCCACGGGCUAGGACUCCGGAGACAGAAGUAUCUGGUUCAGUCAUGUCGUCCAAGAAGCACCGGGACAUCCUGGAUAAAUGUAUAGAAGGAUCACCCAGAACCCAAAAAAGGUUCCGUGACGAUUUAAUUCUAGAUCGCGGAGAUUUAGAGAAGGAAAAUGCUCGUCUUAAAGAAAGGGUUGAGCUUCUGGAACAGUUCGCGCUCAAGAAACGCAGAGUUGACUGA